AUGACUGAAGAUGUCAAAUCAAAUUCAACUCAAAAUGACUCGAGUAAAAGUGGUAGUGAAGAAUAUUAUGAAAUAAGUCAGGAGUUACUGGAAGAACCUAUACUGCCGUCAAAAUCGUUGAUUACACCUAUUAAAGAAUAUGAUUUCUUUGUACAAUAUGAUGCAGGAAAGAAAAAAAAAGUACCAAAAAAGAAAAAAAGAAAAAAGCAGGAAACGCCAAAUAAACUAAUGGAUAUAUUAAAUACUGAAUUAUCAGCAAAACCUUUUUUUAUUAAAAGUAAUUUUAUAAUAUUGGAUUAUAAAAAAGAGUAUAAAAAAUAUUUGGCUAAGCAUUUGGAUAUGAACAAAACAGCGGAAUUUAAAGAAUCUAGAAACAUAGCUAUUGAAAACGGAUUAAUGAGGCAUAAUUCUGUGAAAAUUAGUCCAAUAUUUCCUCGUGUCCUUGAAGCCACUUUAAGCAAGAAUAAAACUUUUCAUGCUCUAUAUGUGGAACCUUCUCUUUUUACUGAUGUGAUAACUGAAUAUUUAGAAACUGAGACCAAGCAAAACCCCAAAUUCUUAGAUGUAAUAUUAAGAAAUAUCAAAUUUAAACAUCAUCAUCAAUUUUCUUUGGAAACAUUUCUCUAUACACACCUAGUGAGUUUCUAUAAUGACUAUGAAUUAAUUAAAAAGUCUUUAAAGGAGUUAGAAAAAAACAUCGAAGUUAAUAGAAGAACAAGAAAGAGUUUGAAAGAACGUUUAAUUGAAAUAAGUCCAAAUAGUAAAGAUGACAUCAGAUUUGAUAAAAGUUUAUUAAAAUAUACAAAACUUAUGUUAGAAUUUAAAGAUAAAUAUCUCUUUGCCUUAAAAAAAGAAAAGGAAAUUAUUCACAUGUUAUUGUCGUUGUGGUCUGAUAUUGAAAUGAUAAGAGAGAAAUCGAAAUGUGUGUACACUGAUUGUAAAUUAGUAUUGUUACGUAUUGAAACGGAUGAGAGCGAAUUUCAAAAAAGUUGGUCCAAAGCUUUCGAAACUGAAUAUUCAGAUUUGAUUAUACAAAUUGAAUACGAUUAUGUAGUAAAAUAUAUCAAAUACAGAGAAUCGAAACAAGCUACUAAUUUUGAUAACACUAAGGGAAAAAGUAAAGCACCAAAACCUAAACUGAUCAUUGACUAUGACGAAUUGAAAGUACAAGUAGAAGAGAUUGUAAAUAAUAUAAUGCCGAGAAAUCGGAUUGAAAUACUACUGAAGAAGGAUAAAACUAUACUAUCUCAACCAGAUGUUAAAAGAAAAAGUUCGGCUGUAGCUAACAUAUACUACUUUAAAGUUUUUGUCGAUGAUGUUUUCGUGUGUGAAUCUGAUCAAUACAUAAAUGAAGAUAGACAAUUUGACAUAGAUUUCACAGAGUCUUUAUCUAUCGAAAUUUUGCCACACAAUUCAUAUUUAAAAAUUAUUCUAUACGAAAAUAAUGAAGACUGUAGGACCAACUGA